CUGCCCCGCACCUUCUCCCGGGCGGACGCGCACCACUAAGAUUGGGCCCGGCGAGCCGCCGUCGCGGGGCUGCUCCAGCCCAUCCACAGCCGGAAAUGCGGCCGGAAGCGGCUGAGUCUUUAGGUGGUGCUGGACUGCACCUACCUAACUGGAGUUCAGUCCUGGAAAAGACAAAAGUAAGGACUGGACGCCUUACUGCGCCCGGCACCUCGCCAGCGCCCGCUCAGGAGGUAACAGAGCAGAGGGAGGCUGUGAAGUGCUGAGAUCAAGCUCCCGGGUGACCUUCGCGCUCACCCCAGAUGCCGCGUCCUCGCCUGGGAACCGUUCAUCAAGAUCUGAAGAGCUCGCUGUCCGCAGAGCAUAGCCGCCCUCUGCCUGUGCACUACUUGUUUGGCAAUGCUCAGGAGAUUGACUGUUUCACAGGUGCUCUUUGCUGUCGCCCUUGGACUUGCUGGAGGAAUGUAUAUUUAUCAGCCAAUAUUUGAACAAUAUUCCAGAGACCAGAAGGAAUUAGAAGAAAAGCUGCAAGGGUUUCAAGCAGCAGAAGAAAAGAAGAGCUAAUUCCGCGUCCAGUGAAUUUGUAGGCACUGCUCGCCAUUCUACUGAAAUUACACAUGGACUAUUAAUCUAGUAAAAAUUUAGGUACAUUUUAAUAAAGAAAUCAUGGGUAAAGGAUUAAGGUUAUUUGUUUAUUUAUAGUUUUGUUUUCAA